UCAAUAGUGAUCAAAACGGAUUAACGCAAUAACAUAGGGCUCCUUUUUUGCAGUUUGAAAAUCUAGAGCUAAAUGUCGAACAGGAGCAACUUCUACAAGAACCCUUCUUAUGCAUACAACAAAGCUUUCAAUCUUAAUUCUGCUAUUCAAAAUCUUCAAGCUUAUAAUGUUGUCACCGGUAACGUGUCACCUCCGGUUGAGAAUAAUUCCGUUGAGGAAAACACCGGCAAAAGGAAACGCUGUCUGAAACGGAAAUCUAAGGUGCACCUGAACAAUGACGUGGAAGAUAAUGAUUUGCCUAUGUCUCACCAGGAUUAUAUUGAAAAAAUGAGGAAGGAGGCUAGUUCAGCUCAGCCUUAUCAGGAAUUGACUGCAGAAGUGUUGGAACCUUCAAGUUCAGCAUUUAAUUUGGUGGAGUACGACAGUGAUACAAGAACUUCGUCAGAAUGUGAAAAGGGGCAUAGUCCUUAUUCGAGCACUGAAAUUUUACCCGUUGAAGGUGGUGGAAAUGAAACAGAUAGAGUCAAAACUCGCAGUGAGCAGCGAUUUCCUCUUCCAGGAGAACCUGCUUGUGUGAUAUGCGGGAAGUAUGGGGAGUAUAUAUGUGAUGAGACUGAAGACGACAUAUGCAGUACGGAUUGCAAAUCUGAGCUGCUGCAAAAUCUUAAACUCCAGCAGGGGCCCUUAAGUAGCGAAGUUCAAGCUGAGACUUUUUCUGGACAAAAUUGUAAAUUGGAAGUUCCUGAAUCUGGAGGUGACACCUGGGAUUAUGACCGUCAUCGGUGGUCGAAGAAGAGAUCUGCUCUUUGUACUUAUGAGUGUUGGAAAUGUCAGAGGCCAGGUCAUCUUCCUGAAGAUUGUUUGGUCACGGAAACUUUAACCCUUUCCUCUGGUCAACCAGGUGAAUCCAGCGAUCAGGUGGAAGUGGCUCAAAGUAAACCCAGUAUCCCCAAAGAGCUUCUGCAACUGUAUAGAAGAUGCCAUCAAAUUGGUAAAAGCUCAUCGGAUGCUAAUUGUAGCACCUGCCGAAGGACAACUACUUUAGCCAUGUGUCUUGAUUGUAGUAAUACCUUUUGUGACAGUGCAGGUCACCUGAGAGAACACAUUUCUGGACACCCCUCUCACAGACAAUAUUACUCCUAUAAGCUCAAGCGUUUGGUAAAAUGCUGCAAAUCUACGUGCAGCGUGAGAGACAUCAAGAAUCUUUUAGCCUGUCACUAUUGUUUUGAUAAGGCUUUCGACAAGUUCUAUGAUAUGUAUUCUGCAACUUGGAAAGCAGCUGGACUUUCAAUUAUCUGCAAUUCUAUUUGCUGUGAGGAUCACUUUGAAUGGCACAGGAUAAAUUGCUUGAAUGCGGGUGUAGAAGACAGUUCCUUCAUCGUACAGAAACAUUCUGCUAGUAAAAACUAUGCAUUGAGCGACUUCAUCUUCUGAAGAAUCGAUACUUCAUGCGAGAUGAUAUUUCCUUCCGGGAGCAGCAAAGUACAAUGCAUCAGAAAUCACGAGCAGUAUGAGAAUACGUGUAAUUCAGUUCUUUGAAAAGUUGGUCUGAACCUGCUAUGCUACUUGUCAUCGUCAUCAUAGUUUGAUGCUUGGUGAUGCUUGUUGAGUCGCUAUCCAGUAAAUGAGAUAAACUUUCCACCAUCAUACCAAAUUCAGACGCAAGAAAAUAUUCUCUGAGCACAGCUGAAAAGAAAAGAAUUUGCUAAUGUCAAUUGCGAGGCAGUGAUUUCUGAAGUUUAUCGUGUGCUGAGUGCCAGUGUAUUUGAUUUGUGUAUUCAUGUAAAUUUGGAGAUGGAAGAGGAUAUGAGAUCCUUAUGAUGACAUCUUGUUCACUUCCAUGCUUCAUAUGUUGUAAAUUCACCAUAACUAGGGGCGGAGCUACAACAUUUGGGUUCGGCAAUAAACUCAGAAUCCUAGCUCUGCCUCCCUUUCUCCACCUGGAUAAUUUUGGACUGGUGUCAAGUUAUGCAAGUUCAAUGGCUUAAUGAGGAAUGCAGGUGAACCGUGAUCUUACA